AUGGUUACCCCAUUGGAUAAAGCGAUUGAGAGGUAUAUCGAUGGUCUGCCUGAUACUGUGCAGGAUAUUGUCACUGGUAGUAAUCCUACCACUGUUCGUCAGGAAAUUGAAUUGGCUACUACUCUGACCGAGUCUCAGGUCAGAAAAGGUAAACUGACCCGCAAGGGUGACAUGAAGCAGUCUGCCGAUUCCGUUCAAGACAAGGGUAAAGGGCGGUGGAUUCACGCUGCCGUUAUGCGAAAAGUCAAGUUACUUGACUUGUCUUUUAGCCCUAGGGUUGAGGAUGAUGAGGUUAUCAAGUUGCCCCAUAGUUUGGUAACAUGCGAUACAUUGGAGGUGUUAAGGUUGUAUUUGUAUUCAUGUCCUUUAAGGUUGCCUGCUGUCACUGGUUUUCCGGCACUUAGGGUUCUUGAACUUAACAGUGUUGAGUUAUUGAAUGGUGAUUCGGUACAGCAGUUUCUCAAAAACUGCCCAUUGCUUGAGGAUUUGAGUUUGGUUGACUGCUCAUUGCCCUCAAUUGACGAUCUUUGUAUUUCGUGCCUGAAUCUCAAGACGUUGAAAAUUGAUAAUAGAAAAAUGCUUGAUGAGUCUUAUGAUGGUCGUUACGUAUGUUUCUAUACAUAUGACCGCCUUCAGAUUUCUUGUCCAAAACUGGUGUUUUUGGAGUAUGCGGGUCAUCCGGCAUAUGAAUUAUCAUUUGAACACUUGGACUCCUUGAAGAAAGCGGUGAUUUACCCAGAUGCUACGGCACAUCAAGAAUUAUCAUUUCAAUCAUUUGGUGGCACUAUGUGUCGGUUGUUUGAAGGAGUUUCUCACGUCGAAUCUUUGUCACUCAACCUUUAUUUCAUUAAGGCCAUUAGUGCUGCAUGUGAUGCAAAUGGAAACUUCCCGGCAUCUCUUCCCAAUCUGAAGACAUUAGAGAUAUCCACAACAAUCGAUGACUACCCCAUGAACGCAGUCAUCCAGAUCCUCAGAUGUUCCCCUAAUCUGGAGUCAUUCCAUUUGGUUAUUCAAGAGGAAACUUUUUGGCCGGAGGCAUGGGAGUCAGAUGAAGACGAGUCGAAAAUGGUCGAGUUUCUUGAGUUCCACGGAGAAAAGUAG